CAGGUUCAAUGCAUUAUGAUUUACCCCCUAUCCCAUUGUGCUACGUAUCAUACUCAUGACUUGAAUCAAAUAUAUUCGUCAAACUUUUAAUUUCCAACGCAAUUCACGCCUUUCUGAAUCUUCAACCCCCAAUUUCUCUGCCACACCAACAGGAAAAAAGAUGACGACGGAGGGGUUCCGAGUACUUGAGGAGAAGUCGCUAAUCGAAUACAUAAAAUCCACACCAUCUUUGGCCUCCAAGCUGGGAAACGAAGUUGAAAACCUCAAAAUCAAAGAAGUUGGUGACGGUAAUCUCAACUUCGUCUACAUCGUCAUCUCUCCGUCUGGUUCCCUCGUCAUUAAACAGGCUAUACCGUAUGUCCGCUGUAUUGGUGAAUCAUGGCCAAUGACAAAGGAAAGAUCGUAUUUUGAAGCGACAGCGCUUAAACGCCAGCAUGGGUUGUCCCCAAAACAUGUUCCGGAAGUUUAUCACUUUGAUAGAACAAUGUCGGUAAUCGGUAUGCGAUAUAUAGAGCCACCACAUAUCAUCUUGAGAAAGGGGUUGAUUGCUGGAGUUGAGUAUCCUUUAUUAGCUGAACACAUGUCGGAGUUUAUGGCUAACACUUUGUUUUACACGUCUCUUCUUUAUCUUACAACUACACAACACAAAAGUGCAGUGGCUGAAUUCUGUGCGAAUGUGGAGUUAUGCAGGCUGACUGAACAAGUGGUUUUUUCAGACCCGUAUAAGGUUGCUGAAUUUAAUCGUUGGACUACACCUUAUCUUGAUAGUGACGCUGAAGCUGUUUGGAAUGACAAAGUAUUAAAGCUUGAAGUUGCCGAGCUGAAAUCUAAAUUCUGUGAAAGAACACAAGCGCUCAUACACGGUGAUCUCCAUACUGGUUCUGUUAUGGUUACCCAUGAAUCAACUCAAGUUAUUGAUCCAGAAUUUGCUUUCUAUGGGCCGAUGGGGUUCGAUGUUGGUGCCUUUAUUGGAAACUUGUUUUUGGCUUUUUUUGCACAAGAUGGGCAUGCCGAACAGGGAAACGACCGGAAAGCGUAUAAAGCAUGGAUAAUUGAUACAAUAUCAGACACUUGGAAUCUGUUUUACAAGAAAUUUACAUCUCUUUGGGAUAUACACAAGGAAGGGCCCGGUGAGGCAUACCUUCAUGAAAUUUAUAAUGAUGUCGAGCUAUGGGAGCUUGUUAAACAGAAAUACAUGAUCGAUUUGUUUCAUGAUUCUCUUGGAUUCGCUGCUGCCAAAAUGAUAAGACGAAUUGUUGGGGUAGCUCAUGUGGAGGAUUUCGAGUCCAUCACUGAUCUCGAGAAACGAGCAGAUUGUGAACGAAGGGCUCUUGACUUUGCUAAGAAUCUUAUGAAGGAGCGAAGAAGUUUCAACACCAUUACUGAUGUUAUUUCUACGGCUCUGUAACUCAACGCGCGAUGUGGUUGGCAUGCAUAUUAAUAAAAGUUCAUGAACUGAACCUAACAGGAGAAGGAUGGACUGCAACUGUUUCCUUGUGUCAUUUGCUUCCGUACUGCUUGGAUUACCACGUGGGUCAUGAUUGGUGAUCGUGUUGUCAUCAAAAUCUGGAAGGUUUCUUAUUUAAUGCAGUGGUUUUAUUUGAUGGCUGAUAAACAUGUGUAAUGCCCGAGAGAACUUAUGUGAAAUAUAUAUAUGUUUGAUUUAAUGUUUUUAGAAUUAA